AAAUUAUUGUUUGGGUCCAUUUUCAGGAGUUCACAAAGGUAAGCGAGACAUGGAAGACCCAGGUUCUUCUCUCCCCCAGUCUCAUUACGGCUGAUAAGAUCGUGCAGGAGAACAUUAGAGAUGGCCGAGUCCUUGUCCUUGUCCAUGAUCGUGGAGGAGGCGAAAAAGAAAUUCUAUCGGGGUCGGAUGGUGACCACGCUGAUUACGUUGCUGCUUGCGUUCGCCAUCGGGUCCGAGACUGCCGUCAUCCUCCCCACUGCAUGGAAAUACCUUCAGACUCUUGGCUCCAGAGAUGAGACGGAUUUGGGAGUCCUUGUUUCGGCCUUCAAUGUGGCUACCCUCAUUUCGUCCAUCUUCUUCGGCUGGCUCGUGGACAGAUGGAUGCACCUUUGCAAGAGGGUCAUGUUCAUCGGUGCCCUGGCGCAAGUCGUUGGGAGCGCCAUGUACUUCCUCGGCAUCCACAAGUGGUUCGUCAUAUCGGGGAGAUUCAUCUGUGGAUUCGGAAGCGGGACCCUCACCGUCAUCCUGGCCGAACUGGCCAGAGCGACUUCCAACGAGGAGCGGGCCAAGUUCUUCACCUUAAGCUUUAGCGUCCACCAGCUGGGGAUUAUACUUGGUCCGGCCUACAACUUGGCCUUGCACGAUGUCAAUUCUUGGUUCGGGUACAUUCAGGUGAAUGAGGAGUCCUUACCCGGACUCGUCUUUGCUAUUUUUUGGUCCCUUGCCAUGGUCGUCAUCCUUGUUGCAUACGAAAAUAUCGGGGAACAAUACAUCGCAUUGCAGAAGUUGAUAGCUGCUGCUAAGGAAUAUGAAAUCGUCCGAUAUGGGACGUUUUUGCGUUCGCCAAGCGACGACGCCAGAGACUUAGCAGAGCACAGUACUCCUAAUUCCAUGAUGAACCAGAAGGAUUCGAAAGCUAAAUCCAUCGACUCCGUGCAUUCUUCGACUCCAAGUGAGAAGAAGGUUCGGAAUGAGAAUGCGCCUUAUUAUCGACUUGAAGACUCAGAGGAGGCAGCCUCCUGGAUGGAUCUCCUCAUCGACACGAUCGUCGUCAUCCUUUUCAUGCAGACGACUCUUUUCUUCUGUCAGUGUCUGGUGGAGACGAUCAUUCCACCGACCAUGCAGACUUAUUAUGGCCUCGGAACACAAGCCAAUUCCUUCUUCUAUCUGCUUAUUGGCUGUGAAGCGAUCAUGUCGUAUGGCUUCGUGAUCGUGAUGGAAAAUCGACUUCUCGACCGGACUCUAAUCUUGAUGGGGAAUUCGCUGGUCGUGAUCGCGCUGAUCUCUCUCAUGAUCACGACCCGCUUCCAGGAAUCCCAUCCGCAUCAGGCUUUCCCGUUUUUCAUGGUAUCGUGCAGCUUGGUCUUCCUCGGAGUCCCGAUGUCCUCGGUGUCCUCGUUGACCCUGGGCUCCAAGCUGGUCCGACCGAACUCUCAAGGGAAGAUGCAGGCCCUCCGCCGAGUCGGCAACUCCGUCGGCCUCAUUCUCGGCCCUCUCUGGGCCGGCGCCAUGGUCUACGAUCACCUAAUUUUAUACGGGGUUACUCUGGCACUGUUUCUCAUUCAGUUCUCUGUGCUCAUGCUCUCAUAUUCUAGGAUGGUUCCGAAUGAAUGA